CCGCUCUGACAGAGCCAUUGAAAUUUAGGUUGUGUGACACAAGAGGGAUUGAAGAAAAUCAAGGUAUGGAUGGCACGGAGCUCAAUUACCUUUUGGCGGGAAAUGUUCCAAACGGAUACCAGUUUAAUCCAUCAACUCCGAUUUCUCCCGACACAACUGGAUUUGUUGCCUCACCGACAUUGAACCACAAAAUUCAUUGUGUUUGCUUUAUAAUGGAUGGAACCACAGUGUCGGUAAUGUCAGAGAAAAUGUUAGAAAAGAUUAAGGCCCUCCAGAGUAAAGUUCGACAAAAAGGCCUGUCACAAGUAGUCCUUAUUACUAAAAUCGACAAAGUCUGCUCAAAUGUAGAGGAAGAUGUGUCCAGGGUGUUUCAGAGCGAUACAAUACAGGAGCUUGUUGAUACGGUUUCUAACAUCCUUGGUAUUCCCAGGAGUCAUGUGUUACCAGUCAAAAACUAUGAAAAGGAAAUCAACGUGAGGGAUGAUGUAAGUUUACUAGCACUUCAUUCACUGCGACAGAUUCUCCGGGCAUCUGAAGAUUUCAUGUUCAACCUUCUUGAUAUGCUGGACGACGAAAGGGAAACGAAAGGCUCUGAUUCGACGGAAUGAUCUUAAACAUGAAGUCAUAGACACUUGGUUGCGGGAUAAAAAAACCUUUUUGAGAGGUUUGUAGAACUCAAAUUUGAUUGAAUUAACGAUUUUUUAACAUGUCUCAUUUCUAUAACUGUCAUUUUCCCGAUGUUAUUAAAACAACACGGUAGACAUGGAAACGUCGACGACUAUCAAAUUACAUUCAAUUAAAUUUGAGUUCUACAAACCUCUCAAAAAGGUUUUUUUUUAUCCCGAAACCGAGUGCCUUUGCAUGAAGUGUAACAGUCGCGAGACUUGUACUGACGGUGUUUUGUUUUGAAAUAUUAAAUUAUGUACUGACUUGUGAUCCAUGAUUAUGAUAAGAACGCAGGAUCUACAUUUAUUGGUGAUACAUUCUAUUUUUCAUUGCUUUCUAUUGUGGGUUUAUGUUACUAGGAAAAUGACUAUUUGUAUGUAUGAAAUGUCUUAGAAUAUUUUUAUCCUAGGUUCAUUUUAAUUGAGUUCUUUGGACCACGCACAGAGCAUUACAGUCCGCAUUUCAUUGAAGUGCUCUCUUGACUUACAGCAAGUCAUAACUAUUACGUCAUAUAAAUGAAUGAAUCAAUCAGAUGUAAAACUUUUAUAGUAGAAUCGUGAUAUUUUGAAUGUUCUAGAUAAUUUUUUUCUAGUUUUAAGUGUUUUGAACCAUUUUGAAAACAGCAUGACUUUGUGAUGAACCUGUAUGAAAAAGUUGUGUUGAUAUUUAAAAUACAAUAAUGAUAAUAUUGCAAAAUGAAACAUAUAUAAAAAUCGUCUAUCAAAAUCAUUCUUUUUCCAUAUUUUAUCGUAAAUAGAUGACUUGAUAAAUUUAACAAAUAACAAAUUUAUGUAUAAGAGUUUCUUUGUCAUUUUGUAUCCUUUUUAUCCUGACCAGGC